AUGGAAGGCAGCAAGCGCAAGCAGAGCCGGAGCGCCCCGCGCAUCCGCUGCGCCAAACCGCUGGCUAGGACGGCGGCGGCCGUGCCAAGGUCUCCCGGGGAGGAGGGGACCCCGCUCUGGCAGGUCGGGCUUCCCCCGGGCCUUUGGUCCUCGGAACCGGCAGGGCUUCGGGGUUGCCGCCGCCUUACCGGCCUCGGUCUGCUCUGCGCUCAGCUGAGCAUCCCAGCAGCUCCAGCGCCGCCGCACAGCAUCUUGGGAAGGUCCCCCCCCCCCCCCGAGAAAGCCCCGCAGUGA